CGGGACCGCAGCUGCCCUGAAGUUGCGGCGGGCGUUGGUCACGUAGCUCAGGUUCUCCCGCUGCAGUCCCGCGCAUUUCCGUUCCUGUGCCCUAUUCCUGCCAUCCCUCCAUCAUGCCGAUGUUCGUGGUGAAUACCAACGUGCCCCGCGCCUCCGUGCCGGACGGGCUCCUCUCCGAGCUCACCCAGCAGUUGGCGCAGGCCACUGGCAAGCCGGCCCAGUACAUCGCGGUGCACGUGGUCCCGGACCAGCUCAUGGCCUUCGGUGGCUCCACUGAGCCUUGUGCACUCUGCAGCCUGCACAGCAUCGGCAAGAUCGGCGGCGCGCAAAACCGCACCUACAGCAAGCUGCUGUGCGGCCUGCUGGCCGAGCGCCUGCGCGUCAGCCCGGACAGGAUCUACAUCAACUACUACGACAUGAACGCGGCCAACGUGGGUUGGAACAGUUCCACCUUCGCCUGAGGGCUGCCCGGGACCCGCCUGCACCAGGCCCUGCCGCCUGCGGUAUUUGCCCGCCGUGCUCCCACCUCCCGGUCGAGAGAAAUAAACGGUUUGGAGAACGCG